GAUUCCGCUUGCCCUUUGUAAAUAGCAAUGCAGUAUAAUCCCUUUUGUUAAUCUGAUCUUUGUGCUGUCGUAGAGGGAAAUAAUAAAUAGGCGAGUUGGGACGAAGCUUUAAAAGGGGCUGUUUAUUGGUCCAUGAGCUCUUCAGUAAAUUCACUUUUCUCAUUCACUGAUUAGAGGCCACGGAUAUUUAAAUGCUCGAGGCUACUGUAGUAUUUUGUACUCUUAUAUUGAUUGGUGCUCAUGUUCGGUACCAUUCUCGGUGAAGUUCUAUGUUAAAUUGGUUGAUAUUCUCUGCGGAAUAAACAGACCAAAGUUCGGAAAGACAUAACAACUAAGAAAUCUUUCAUUCUACUCAAAACUCUACAAAUCUUUUCAUUUAUUCUCUUCAAGUUCCAUAAAUACAACUAUCAAUCAAUUUGUAGCAUAUUGGUUUUCAUUAAGUACAAAUCCUCUCAAUCUCGAAGUUCGAACUAUCACAAAAUUCUCACAAAAUGGACUUCAGCACUGGCCUAGGGCUAUCAUUUGGCACAGAUAAUAUGGAAUUUGAGAAUCGAGACUUCAAUGAUGAAGAAUCAGAAGAAUUAUUAGAAAAUGACUACCAGGAUCAAAAAAUGGAAGACCAUGGAGGAUCUUCUGGGGACCAAAUGUCUUCUCAAUCUCAAGUUGCUGAUCCAGACGCGACUCCCCGACCAAACUCAUCUAACCAAUUCACCCCAAUCAAUAGAGCUUCAACUGUUGUACCAGUACAACCUUUCAGUCAACCUUAUCGAAAUACUCAACCAGAUGCCCCUUUUCAUCUACUCGGGGAUAAUGCAGAGUUUCAUGGUCAGAUGAAUGCCAAUAUUGGAUCACAGUCAAAUACAUUCAAUCCACAAAUCUCUACACAUGAAAAUUACACAAACAACCUUACUCAAGGAAUCCCUCAAGCUUUGCAAUUUGGUGCCGAUCCUCAGUUCACUGGUCAUCCUCAAUUAGGAUUUCAGAAUAUGUCCACUCAACAUCGAAUGGACAAUGGUUUGGGAAACUCAGGUAUGCACUCUCAGCAGUUUAACGGAAACAAUAAUCUAACUCAUAUGUCUUCUCAAGCUAUGCAGUCGCCAAAUAUUAAGAGAGAGCCUCGGAACAUCCAACAAAUGUCUGGCUAUCCCCCAUUGAACAGCAAUCAGACUUUUGGUGGUCGUGGAAUGAAUCAGAAUGAGCACAACCAACGGACUCCUCGGGUGAAUGAUAGCUUUCCACCUCAUAUUGGCUCUUCAAUGAGAAAUCAAUUUCAACCACAUUUCAACAAUGAAAAUUUGAUACAUGGCAAUCAACUUGGCAGUUCCUCCUUUGGAAUACCAGGAGGCUUGCAUCAAAACAAUCCCCAAUCGCUAGGAAGUUCUCACAUCAAGAAUAAACAAGCACUUCGACCAAACAACCCACUCCAAUCCUCCAACUCAAUGCACAAUAAUGGAGUGAUAGAUACAAACGUCAUCCAGCCUAAACCAGCAAGUCUGACGGAUUAUACUCCUGGCGAGCAAAGAUUCAUGAUUAAAUACAUGAAAGAACAAGGAAUGCGAGUCAGUAGUGCUGCAGAUGUAGAAUCAUUCAUGGAUCAUGUCAAUCUAGUCACGGCGAACUACAAUGCAAGAAAAUCUCAGACGCAAGCAGAGCCCGAGUCAACUGGAUCCUCUCGAGUUUCUUCAACAUCUACUGUUGUUCAUCAUUCUAUAGAAGAGAAUGGAGCUACGAAUCAGGGAAUGGGACAGGGACAACCUUGGGCAAAUCAAUUUAGUCAAGGACGUACUGGCAAUCCGUUUCAAUCUCAAGGAACUGCAGGUUCCGGUACUCAGAUGAAUAAUCAUACUUUACGAUCUGAAUUUCCACCAGUCCCUCCUCACCUCAUUCUCCGAUCUAAUAAUGAUCUGAGUAACCCUAUAUUUGGAGAUCAUCCAAAGGACUACGCUCAGGUGAGCUCGAAUACAACUACACAAUCAGCUCCAAGACCAUUCGUACCUUUAGGUUCAACAACAGUUCAUACUCCACCUACCCAACAGAACAAUGAUGUUCAAAACCAGCAAGGGCAAUCUCAAUUCAAUCACACCAAUAAUCUACAAUCAUCUCGUCCAACAAAUAGAAAUCACUUCUCCCCAAACAGUGGUGGAAUGCCCAUGGGAGGCUCAUCGCAGUUUCAUCACCACGGUCUACCUUCUGAGUACAUACCCCCUUCUGGUUCUCACUUCGAUAAUUUUGCUGACAAUGAUGUCGAAUCAGCCGAGCAGAUUGAAGAGGAUGAGGAGGAUGAACAGCAAGAGGAGGUAUCGAGCUCUGAAUCGCAGGCCGAAGAACAGGAUUACGAGGACCAAGAGGAUUGGGAAGAAGACCCAGAAGACCAAGAGGAACAAGAGGAGCAAGAACAAGAGCAAGAAAGCGAAGUUGAUUCAGACGGUUGGUUAAUUCAUUCCGACGAGAUUCGCUCACCACCACCUAAUAUCUAUCCAAUCCCACUUCCAGCUGGCAUGGCUCGCUCACCCACACCUCGAUUCCCUAGCAAUGAGGUAAACCCGAAUAAUGCACCCAACAAACCACCACCAAUCAUCGGUAGCGGAAAUCGCGUUUGGAGUAUCGCACCGGGUGCCUUUAAUGCAGCGGGAAAUAUCACGGAUUGGGAUAAAGCGAAAAGAAGAGAGGUGGGUGAUGAAUUGGUGUGUGAAUGUAGGGGAUCGUUUCAUAAGGAAGGGAAGGGCUAUUACAUGGUGGAGGAUAGGUCGUUUAUUUGGUGUGAUGCGGGAGAAAGUAUCAAUCAUAAUAGGGAUGAAGAUGAUGGGAGUGAGGAGGGAAGUGAGGAGAAUGAAAAUGGAGAGGAUAGUGAGGAAGAAGAAAUGUUUUCAGGGGUACCAAAAUGGGUUAAGCAGGUUUUGACACAUGGACCGAGGAUCGAUAAGGAUGAGGUGAGGAGGGAGGAAGAGGCUUAUAGGGAGAUGAUGGCACGAAAGGUUAAGGAUAUACUUGCUAGGAAGGCUGCGAAGGAAAGAGGAGAGGAAGUACCAGAGACUUCUGUUAACGAUGGGAAUUUUGAGCCGAUGGGUUUUGAUUCGUGGGUGGAUGAUGCAACAUGUAGUGAUAAGAAUGAAGGAGAUCAGUUGGAACCGAAUGUGGGAGGUAAAGGAAAAAGAAAAGCAAGAGCAACGGAUUCAGAUGAUGAUUUGGAGGGAGAAUCAGCAGCAAAAAAGUGGAAAGGUAAAGGUAAAGCUACGGAAUCAGAUGGAGAGUUGGAUGAGAGAGAAUUGGUGAGGAAAUAUAAGAAUAAGGGAAAAGACCAAGGCCUCGAGCUACCGAAGGGCAUGGACGUAGAUGAUCUUCUAUUUGGAGAGUCUGGAGAAACAGCACGUUUAGCGGAGGAAUUAGGUCUUGAACCACAAGAUAAUGUCAAGGAGAUGAACGAUGAUGCUAUCCUUCAGAACGACGUCGACAAAACCACACAGGAGUCUAACAACCUACAAGUCGAAAACGAUCCUGCGAUUCCGGAUCCUGAACUCGCAGCUACUGGUAUCGUCUUGCCAGCUUCUUUCUAUCUCCCUUCAAACUCCAAAUUCGAAGAAGAAAUCGAAGAAAUCCCUAGACAAGCACCAUAUCUAUCCAGAAGAAACGAAGGACCCUUCAAUAUCUUCCAAUCCCUCCUUCUAACCCCGGAAAUCAUACUCGAACUCAUGCGUCAUCUCUCUCCCAAACAGCUUCUCAACCUGUACUGUCUAAGUCGACGCUUCAACGAAAUUCUCUCCGGCUGGAUGGCACAUUCUAUCCAAAGCAUCGUCAAAUACCAAGCACCAUUCAGCUAUAAAACCUACCCCUUCUUUCUAUACCGCGAACUCAGCAUCCCAGAUCCACUCGGCCAACUCAACAACUCGGGACAAAUCCGUCGCGUCCCAGGCCUAAAAUACCAUCAAAUGGUUCUGCACCGCGUGCGCGCCGUAAGGGACAUCCUCGCUGCCCUCGCACGACAACAUCUACGCUGUCCCCCAGACACCAACAAAUCCCUCAAAAAAGUCUGGUUCCUAAUGGAUAUCUCCACGACCCUCGAUCGCGUGCGUUUAAUGCACAAUCGGGAAUUCUUCACCGAUCAGGAUCUCUACAAUAUUCAACUCUUUAUCGUGAAACUCGAUAUGCGAUUUAAUGAUCCGACCGACGGACCCGGUUCCGACAUGUUGCGCAAAUUAAUGCUAGGACAACGGGGUCUUUCCCCACUUUGGCGUUUAUUGACGCGCACGGGGUUUAGGGAUCUCUAUGAAUUACAUUCGUAUAGUGUUCGCUAUAGCUAUACACCAAUGAUACAAGUUGAAGAUCUGCAGGAGGGAAUGUUUGGAGUGCCAGCGCAGGAAAUAGGACGCGCGCAUCUAGAAGGGUGGGGAAGGGGCACCAUGCAUUUAAUGCGUAUUGAUGAGCUUGUGAUGCGUGAAGCGGCGAGGAGGGAAUUAGGGUUUAAGGAACAUAUUUUUAUGAUGUUUUUGUGGGGGUAUGUGGAUCCUUUGACGGGGGAGAAUUUGAGUCCGUCCAGUGAGGAAUUGUAUAUGAGUGAUGGGGAGGGGGAGGAGAUACCGGUGGAGGAUGUGUGGGAGGGGACGGGGAUGAAUAUGGCGAGGUUGGAGGGGUUGGUUUUGGGGAGGGAGGAGAGUAGUGAGGAGGAUGAAGAGGGAGAAGAGGAUGGUGAAGAGGAUGGUGAAGAAGAAGAAGAAGAUGAUGAUGAUUGGGAAGAUGAAUUUGAAAAUGACAGGUUUGAAGAUUCUGAAUUUCAGGAAAGACGACAACUUUGGUCGUAGUCUCCUAGAUUGGGUUGAUUGGAUGGGAUAUAGUAUUCGAGACUUUCAGAGUGAAUGCCUUUAGGCUACUAGGUAAAGAGAGUAUAUGCUUUCGUCUGUCGAGUAUUU